CUCUGAGCUUCUUAAAACUGGUCCUGUUAAAGCUGAUUGCUGUCCUCUUCUACCUGUUUUUUAAGGUAUCUUGCAAUAUAUUCAGAACUCUCCCACCUAGUGACAGCAAUGAAUUUGAUCCAGAAGAGGAUGAGCCCACCUUGGAGGCAUCGUGGCCACAUUUACAGCUUGUAUAUGAGUUUUUCAUACGAUUUUUGGAAAGCCAAGAAUUCCAGCCCAGCAUUGCCAAAAAGUACAUAGAUCAGAAAUUUGUAUUGCAGCUGUUGGAGCUGUUUGACAGCGAAGACCCUCGAGAACGGGACUACCUAAAAACAGUCUUGCACAGAAUUUAUGGCAAAUUUCUCGGUCUUAGAGCAUUUAUCCGAAAACAGAUUAAUAAUAUUUUUCUACGAUUUGUUUAUGAAACGGAACACUUCAAUGGCGUAGCUGAACUGUUGGAAAUUUUAGGAAGUAUUAUCAAUGGGUUUGCUUUACCUCUUAAGGCAGAGCAUAAACAGUUUCUGGUGAAGGUGCUGAUUCCCUUACAUACUGUCAGGAGUUUAUCUCUCUUCCAUGCACAGUUGGCAUACUGCAUAGUACAAUUUCUGGAGAAAGACCCCUCACUCACAGAACCAGUCAUUAGAGGUUUAAUGAAAUUCUGGCCAAAAACCUGCAGUCAGAAAGAGGUCAUGUUCCUAGGGGAGCUGGAGGAGAUCCUGGAUGUGAUCGAACCUUCACAGUUUGUCAAAAUCCAGGAGCCCUUGUUUAAACAAAUUGCCAAGUGUGUUUCUAGCCCUCAUUUUCAGGUGGCUGAGAGGGCGCUAUAUUAUUGGAAUAAUGAAUACAUCAUGAGCUUGAUAGAGGAGAAUUCAAACGUUAUACUUCCCAUCAUGUUUUCCAGCCUUUAUAGGAUUUCUAAAGAACACUGGAAUCCGGCUAUUGUGGCUUUAGUCUACAAUGUGUUGAAGGCAUUUAUGGAGAUGAACAGCACCAUGUUUGAUGAGCUGACAGCUACUUACAAGUCAGAUCGUCAGCGUGAGAAGAAGAAAGAGAAGGAGCGUGAAGAACUGUGGAAAAAACUGGAGGAUUUGGAAUUAAAGAGAGGUCUUAGACGUGAUGGAAUAAUUCCAACUUAACAAAAAAACAAAACAGCAUUACUAACCUGUGGAGUCACACAUUUAUGUAGUAGAAGAUGGAGCAACAGUUUUCUGUAUUGUGCAACUUUACAGUAGAUUUCACAUUUGUUUCAUUAUUACAACAGCACUGUAUAUACCUGUCUCUAAGUAAAGGAAAAAAAUAAGGACUUUAAUCCAAAGUUUGGACAGCAGAUGGACUUCUCAGAACUUUGCAAACAUAAUCAUUGUUUUAACCCUUCUUUAAAACCAGUCUUCAAAGAUCUGUUGAUGAAAAUUGCGAUGUCAAAUUCCAUUGUCAGGACCUGUUCCUUAUUUAUCGUUAGCAGAGAGUAUAAUACAACUUUCAAAUGUGAACAAUCUUAAAAUUUAGCUUGUCUUUCUGCUAAACUGUUAAGUGUAUUUAUAGUAAAAGAGAAAAAAGACUGUCAUUUCCUUAUGAGUUUGUGUAACAUCCUCCUUCUCUGGAUAACUUUACUGUAAUUUGACCUUUUUUUUUUUUUUUUUCCUUCCUUUUGCACAUCUUCAUAAGUUGAAUGUCCAUUCAAAUCAGGGCCAUGAAAAACAUAGGUCCUGAAUAAAGUUUUGUUUACUGGUGUGAGCAUUUUUAGUACCAGGCUAUUUCUGGUGCGUCUUUAAUUUGAACAUUAGGAGUUAAGAAACCAAUAGGUCAUAAACUUAGCAGGAAAAGGGAGCCUUGGAUUCAUGCACCUAUUUAUUACAAAUCCAAAUUAGUGUCCACAAUCCUGAAAAAACGGGCAGUGGUAACACCCAAGAUUACCUAACCAGUAUUAGUGAAAUGGCAUUGGACAUGCAUACCAGAGCUGUUUGGGAAAUACUAAUUGCUAAAUUAUUAGUAUGUUUUUAUUGGACCAUUUUGAAAGAAUAAAGACAAACGCUAAACAGUGCAAGCAUGACAUUGACCUGCAGCGGUCACGGAUCUAAUUGGAAAUUGAGGUGAGCAGUUUGGGCUGUUUGGAGUUGUUGCCUUACUUUUUAAUAUGUAUUUAUAAAGUGUUCCAGCAAAAGAGGAUGUAGCCUCUAAGAAACAUACUAUAGUGUUUUUGUGGUUCUAGUACUAUUACUCAUCACAGCACCAGCCCUAUGGUCUUAGCUGGAAAGGAUUCUGGAUAAUAUUCUGCAUUCUCAUCUGGAUGCUCAUUCCUAACUACUGUAUUUGUUACCAAAAGUGGUUCUACAAAUGCUACUGAAAAAAAAAAUUCUGGAAAUCCUAAUGUUCUGAGUAUUAAUAAUAAAGUUUAAAAUGCUUUUAUAUCAAAGGUGCAUUGUGACCAAAUUGUUUGAAACAAAAGAGAAAAAAAAAAAAAAAAAAAGAGGAAGAGGGCUGUAUUAUAAGUAUACAUUAUUGGCUAUCUGCUUUGUAUUUGAAAGUGGAAUCUUACAUCUUUGGUAGGUUAAAAUGCUGAUAAGACUUAUGUACAGUAUAUAUUUAGCUAAUGCAGUUGCAUUAUUAUAUACCGAAAGGUAUGUGUUUCGGGAUUUUUCUCCAGGAUGCUUCUGAACUGUUAUAAACUUGACAACGGUGAAUUGAUAAUCCUAAACCAUCAAUCCAACAGUAUUUACAGUAUAAAACUGAUUUGGUGUUCAUGAGUCUUUGUGAUAGUUGCAAACAUGAAUUUAUGACCUGUUGCCAUUGAUAGAAAUACAGUAUAAAUACAAGCUUGUAUAUUUUUCUUCCUGCCAUUUAAAUAUACAGUAGGAUUUGAAGUUUUCUUGUUUCCAGGCACAGAAAAGAGGAAAGGAAAGAAUUCCCACCUAGACUACUGACUGUUUCAGGAUUAUCAGGUCACAGUUUGUACUCCUGGGUCUGCGCACACAAAUGUUGUAAACUCAACCAUUUUGUAAAAACUUGACACUGUUAAUUCUGGG